GCCGCUAAGCUUAAAUUACGAACGUAUCUUUAUGUACGUAGUAUGUACUUGCAAAAGUAUAAUAAAUCCGAUGAAUUUUGUAGUUAUAAAUCGUAUUUAAAAAUCGUUAAUAAACGCGAUAUGUAAUUUACAUAUUUCAAUGCAAUGAUAAUAAUCUGAGCGGGAGCAAUAUAGAACUAAGGACCGGUUUUAACUGUAAUUGAAGAUAGGUAUUUGAAUUGAGGAAAACCCCGAAGUAUUGUGGCUUACUAAAGUCAACAAUCAAAAUCAAGUUUUAGUAUGUUAACCACCUCUGGCUUAUGCUUAAUAAAAUGUUUAAAAUACUAGCUUUUUUCGCCGUUUUAAAUGUUGCAGUAUCUCGCUUUGUUGGUGAUGAGUGCAAAACAUCUAACAAUGAAGGAACAUGUGUGUUAGUCAAUGAUUGCCCUGUGGCCAUUAGGGCAAUAAAAGAAACUGAUCGCCAUCCAUAUAUGAGAUGUGGUUUUACUGGUGAAAUUGAAAUUGUAUGUUGUCCUAAGACUGCAAUUGAAUACAAACCUAUAAGGACCUCCACAAUAAGAACAGAAGAGAAAUUUGGUGGAAACCGAGUUGCAGAUAUUCAAUGCAAGAAAAUAGUAGAUUCUAGUAUACCACCACUAGGAUUACACAUAAUCGGAGGGGAAACAGCGUCGCCCGGGGAAUUUCCGCACAUGGUUGCACUCGGAUACGAGCGCGCGGACGGUUACGAAUUCCAAUGCGGCGGUUCACUCGUUUCCGAAUAUUAUGUUCUUACUGCGGCGCAUUGUAUAGACACACUGGAUCAAGUAAAACCAAGCAUAGCGCGGAUGGGUGUGGUUGAAAUAGGAGGCAGUGCGUUCAAUUCAGUAACAGAUGUAAUGAUAGCUGAAUUAAAAUUGCACCCGCAGUAUGCUAGAAAAGAGAAAUACCACGAUCUCGCUUUAAUUAGGUUACAAUCGCCAGCUGAAUUGUCAUCUGAUUUGAAUGCAAUAUGCCUUUACACCCAAGAUGAUGACCCACAAGUUGCUUUAACUGUCACCGGUUGGGGAAAAACCAGCACCACACGUGACAUAAAAAGUAAUAUAUUAUUGAAGGCAAAUGUAUCUGUGGUGGAUAUCUCCAAGUGUGGCGAGUCUUAUACUAAUUGGCGGCGGCUUCCCAAAGGUAUUGCACAGACACAGAUCUGUGCCGGCGACGAGUUGGGACGACAUGACACCUGCCAGGGCGACUCUGGUGGGCCCCUUCAAGCUCUUACGGCCAGUGACGGGAACUAUCGAUUAAUCGGUGUGACGUCAUUCGGCCGCGGUUGUGCCUCUACAGUGCCUGGAGUGUACACGCGUGUCUCUGAGUACCUCGACUGGAUCGAAAGUGUUGUGUGGCCAAAUGAAUCUUAAAACCAGUUUUUUAAUCGAAUAGAUAAAUAUUACCUUUUUUUAAAUCUUCUGUUAAUUAAAUUGUUACUUGCCGCUUGCGGUACCUUUGCGGCGCCUAUUAUUCAUCCCAGUUUACAUUGUGAUCAUAGCUCCCUCUUAAAAGUUUAUUGUAAUCGAAAGUUAUCGUUUACCUUUUUAAUAAUUUUGAACUUUGAUGUUUUAAGAAAAGAUCUUACACCUCCUUAAAA